AUGACUUUUUGGACUUUUUGUUAUGACAGCAGCGGUUAAUUUUUUGUGUGGCUGUUGGUAAACAGCAUAGCGAAGGAAAACGGUUGAAGUUUCAUUUAUUUUAAAAAAUAACUAGAAAUCAAUUGCGUGUAAUGUUAAUACUAGUUUACAUCGUUGAAGCUUCUGGCCUUAACUACCCGAAUCAGAAAAUUAUUGCCACUGCAUCCCUGGGACGAAAUGUUUUGGAAACAAAGGUGUCAUCGCCACGGAACACUACCCGGUUCGACAGCAGUUUAGCCUGGAAAACCGAUGUAAAUUCGAUCAAACGCAUGAAAUCGGAGAACAUUCCGAUAAAAGUGGAAUGUUUUUGUGUCGGCAAAACGGGAGCACGCGAACUGAUAGGAUUCGUUGUGGUACCGUUGCGGUCGGUGAAUAUUUUAACGGGAAAUAAAGUUAUGACGAUUUCACCAAAGUGGCACCGAUUGAUUGGACUGCGGUGUACAUGGAAAACGCUAAAACCGGAAAUUCUCAUGUUUGUCACCAUCACCGAUGUGGUGGGCGUGCAAAUUGUCAACGAAAUGCGAAACUCAACAUCCGCAGCCACCAGAAAUAUGCUAAUUCCACAGCAAGGCAUUCACAUCGAACUGAAUCGAAGCGAUCAGCACAUUCAAAUUGGAGAUGCUGCGGUGGACAAUGAUCGUUUCACCGUCGAAAUUUAUUGGCAACAGUGCCGGUGGUUGAGUUAUCUGACGGAAAACCCAUCGGCCGAAGAUACAUUCCAAAUGCGAUACACUCUCCUGGAUUGUCCGACAGUGGAACGUAAUCUACCGAAGAUGUUCGGUGCCGUUGACGAGGACCGUUACAUGGUCCAUGAGAAAAUCACAAUUCAGUUGCGCUCGUCUCUGCAAACGCUGCGGAAGUACUUCGAAAGCGUUUUCUACAUUCCCAUCUACAUCUACUGCAAGGAAGAGAUUGUCGGUCGAGCUUUUUUCAAAAUUUCAUCGGCUCUUCCCGACACAAACGAUCUGACCGAUUUCCUACGACUGACCAGAGACGAUACGUUUGUCGCCAUCAGCGAGUCGUUUAUCUAUUCAACCAAGAGCACCAUCACUUUCAUUGACGAAGAGCAUCGACCGACAUUGAAGUACAAUUUGACGCUCAAAUAUCACGAUCCAUCCAAGGAAACCGAGGACAAUCAACAAUAUCGCCUUCAGUCUCUAGUCAAUGAAACGAAAUCCAACGAAGGUCGGCAGUACUUUGAAUCUGAGAAUCGCCAGUCGGAGGCUAACAAGCAAUCAGAUAAGAAACAAAUGCACAGCUGUGAUCCCGGGGACCAAUAUCAUCAUGCGAACGACAAGACGAUAUCUACCGGACGGGAAACGGUUCAACAAUCCAUCGAAAGACGGAAUGUUCUCAUCCAGCAACUUCUGAACAGUCAGAUCGAUCCACCAAUGUCACCGCAAAAAAUUGAAACAAUUCGGUUCGUUGAUGUAGCAACGCCACCGUUAACAAUACGAGCACCAUCACCACCACUGACAACGCGAACACCAUCAUCGCCGUUGGCAACGCGAGCACCAUCACCUCAACUGCCAAAAUCACCGAAACUUUGUCGGCGCAACGAUGAAAAUAGAGCCAGAGACGGUGCAUUCACUUCCCCAUUGCGUUCGCCCAAAAACGUUUCGUUCCAUCCGCAGUCCGAUGACGAAAUUUUAGCUUGGAAGUGUAGGCAACAGGAAGCAUUUCUGGCUGCAUUGCAGCGAAAGGAAAACGAACAUCUAAAGUUGGUGGAAGAGGAAUGGUUGCAGCGACACAGUAAAGAGGAGGAGAAAUUGGCGGUGAGGAUGAGAAAGUGCAAAAUGUUGACAGAGGCUCUUGAACAUGGUCUGAGUGUCAUUAAGGACAAAGACACAAUUUCCAAGGACCAUAAGAAGCUUAACGAAGCUGCCCAAUUGGAACGGAACAAGCAAUACGACGAGAAAAUAUCCGCCCUGACCGAUCAGAUAAGACGAACGGCCAUCGAUCACGAUUAUCAGUUGAAGUUAAUGGAAAUCAAAUUGAAAGAACUGGAAAUGAAGAAAGCGUUCGCCGAUGACGAAAAUGACAAACUGAAGGCAACGGUUAAACGGCUGGAAGACGAAAAUGAACUGCUGAGAGCACGUAACAUGGAAUUGGACUCUGUGUCGAGCAGAAAAUUGCAAUCAAUCGAAUUGAAGCUGAAGCAUGCGCAAGAAUUGGAAUUGUUUUACAAAACUAAGUGGCAGUCAGCCGAAAGUAAAUUAAGCGAAGUGCAGACGAUCAAACCGGGACAUUUCGCGCAGAACACCAAGCAUUUCAGCUCCUGCGUGGUGGACGUACUGAACAGUGUGCGGAGUGACUUGGAAGCAGACAAAUUCGAACUUCAAUCGAUCAAAGAUAUGCUUGAAUGAACGAGACAACAAAGGAACAGUUUUAAAGUGCCUCUAAUCUCAUCUUAAAUGUCGAAACGUAAAUGUGAUACACAAAGUUAUAAUGUGAACAAAGCGCCUGAACUUACGAAAAAUAAAUUAAAUUUUGACGAAAA